AUGCUUCCGCCCAGUCCGCAUCAAGCUGACGGCAGCAGCGCCGGUGCUAAAACGCACGGUUCGGCCCCGCGAACACCUUCUGUGCCGAUUACCAUUCCCUCGGCCAGCGUGCCCGAUGUGACCGCCACAAUUUCCAAGGGUGAGUUGGCAGAGGCACCACGGGAUGCACGCACGCAGACAGGAAUGGCGGAGGCAAGCACUGCGUCUAGUGCUGCCCCGUCACCGCUGCCAGGCGAAGCCAAGUGCACGUAUCGAGCCUACAAGAAGAAACCUGAGAGGAUGUGGAGUAAGAAGCUGGCCACGAAGCGGGCCGCGAUUGCCACGGGCGUGGGGGUGGCGGAGGAAGAAGCACACGCACGUAGGGAUGCGACGAAAGUGAGCGCGGUGACGGGCAAAGUGGACAUCGUGUGCGGCAGCGUGUGCUCACAUCUAGCGGUUGAUGGCAAUGCGGAGAAGAUGGAAGACGCAUCCCUCUCACUGGAACCGUUUCUUUCCCCGUCAACAAUCCCUGUGUCUCCUUUUCUUUCCCUCUCAAUCUCUGAGGCUCCUUUCCUUUCCUCGUCAAUCCCUGAGGUCCACUUUGUGGAUAAGAAGAUCAAUGUCCACUUUGUGGAUAAGAAGAUCAAUGCUCCCACCCCCUUUUCCGAGCCCUCUGUCUCUUGUACCGAGCCCCCCGCCCUUUUUACCGAGCCUCCUGCGACCGAAGGGGAUGGGAGACCGAAGUUAGAGCAAGAUGGGAGAGGGGUCGAUGAAGAGGAGGGAGGAGGGGAUGAAGAGGAGGAAGGAAUAGGGGCGAAAGAGAAGGAAAGAGGACGGAAAGAUGAGGGGGGAAAUGGGGUGGAAGAGGUGAGGAGCAAAAAAGAAGAGGAUGAGGGGAGAGGGGGGCGGGUGGAGAAUGGGAGAGGGGAGGAAGGGGAGGAGGGGAGACGUCAGGAAGCGGUUGAAGGGGGAGUGGGGCAAUAA